ACUAAGGAAAUAACAAAAAGGUCACUGGGGAGGAAAACAUUGAAUAUCCACCCAAAAAAAGCAAUCUUUUUAGUAGAUCAUAAUCACGAAAGUUCAAGGCUAAUAUAGCCCAUCAUACUUCCGUUUUGAUGGUUACCGUGCAAGAGAAAUGGGAACUCACGAGUUCACGCAAACGACAACAGGCAGUGGACUUAUCAACAGACAAGUCAGGAGUCAGCAGCAACUAGUUGAUGUCUUAACCAGCAUUUGGAUGAACCUAUAAUCCCAUAUUUUGAAACCGUGUGGUUCCUCGAUUUACACGACAUCUUCAUUAUUACAUCGAUAUCCAUUUGUCCCCUGCUAUUUUGGAGUAACCAUCCAGUGGAUAAAAUGGGCAUUACUCAAAAACCCUUCGCUCUCAACGGAUAGAAUCAAAUCUCUGUACUUCACCUACUCUUAACCCCUUCUAAACCCACCCGUGUUUUGAUUAUAUUUCUUUGUUUUUUUUUUUGAGUUUCAUAAUGGCGUCUUUGUCUAGAUUUGUUAUUAAAGAUUGCAAUUUGCAUACAUAUGAUGCUGUACAUAGAAGACCAUGGUCUUUGAUUCCUGCCAGAAGGCUACAGGCAGCUCAUCUGGAUGUUAGGGCUGGAAUUUCUGUGCCUGAGAAUGGAAAAGGUUGGGCCAUCGAAAGAAAGCCAAGUAGUCCCCUUGUUUCUCUUGCUGCCCCUUCCUCGAUCAUUCCAGCUUCAAGGAAUUUGCAAGUUAUGUGCAAGGCUGCAACGAAUGUAUCUGGAGAUAUUCCUACGCCAAAUGGGAUGAACCAAUAUGAGAGAAUAAUUGAAAUUUUGACUACUCUUUUCCCUGUGUGGGUUAUUUUGGGAACUAUUAUUGGCAUCUACAAGCCAGCUGCGGUAACAUGGUUAGAGACAGAUCUUUUCACUGUUGGCCUAGGUUUCCUCAUGCUUUCAAUGGGAUUGACGUUGACCUUUGAGGAUUUCAGACGCUGUCUACGGAACCCAUGGACUGUAGGUGUAGGAUUUCUUGCUCAGUAUUUAAUCAAGCCUAUGCUAGGAUUUGCUAUUGCAAUGGCUCUGAAACUUUCUGCUCCACUUGCAACUGGUCUUAUUUUGGUCUCAUGCUGCCCUGGUGGUCAGGCAUCAAAUGUUGCAACCUAUAUAUCUAAGGGGAAUGUAGCACUUUCUGUUCUCAUGACAACGUGUUCAACUAUUGGAGCAAUAGUUAUGACACCACUCCUCACAAAGCUUCUCGCAGGUCAGCUUGUUCCUGUAGAUGCUGCGGGUCUUGCUAUCAGCACUUUUCAGGUUGUGUUAGUACCAACAGUUGUAGGAGUCUUGGCCAAUGAAUUCUUUCCCAAAUUCACUUCAAAAAUAAUCUCAGUGACUCCUUUAAUUGGAGUUAUUCUCACCACUCUACUUUGUGCAAGCCCUAUUGGCCAAGUGUCAGAAGUCUUGAAAGCUCAAGGAGGUCAGCUAAUAUUGCCUGUAGCUCUCCUACAUGCUGCUGCAUUUGCCCUUGGUUACUGGGUUUCAAAAAUAUCAUUUGGUGAAUCCACUUCUCGUACCAUAUCCAUAGAAUGUGGAAUGCAGAGCUCUGCACUUGGUUUCUUGCUGGCCCAGAAACAUUUUACCAAUCCACUGGUAGCUGUUCCUUCCGCAGUUAGUGUGGUUUGUAUGGCGCUUGGUGGGAGUGGUCUUGCUGUUUAUUGGAGGAACAGUCCAAUUCCUGUGGAUGACAAGGAUGAUUUCAAGGAAUGACGAGUUUUCACCUUUAUUCUUGUCUCAAUGUAUGUUUGAUCUUAAAGAAUUUUCUUCUUUUGUUUCCAGUUGUUGGAUCAAGUAAAAUGUUUCCCGUCAUAUGAGAAUUAGCCCCAAAAAUGUGGGACUGAAAUUUUUGUAGAAAUAAAGAAAAUUAGAAAUCUUA